GCUUCCAGUGGAAGCUCCAUCUCAACCUCCAUUCUAGGCAUGUCAUCUCGCGACCAGACUUUGUAGUGGUGAAAUUCGUAACCGUCUUGUUUAGGGUAUUUUCAUUUUGUUUUUACAAGGAAUUACUUUAUCUUAUUAUUCGUUUAGACUAUUCAAAAAAAAAUCGCCAGGAUGGGCUGCGCCGGAUUCACCUGCUCCAAGCACUCCCUCUGUGCGCUCAAUAUCCUCUAUGUUAUGGUGAGUCUGCUGAUGAUCGGCAUCGCUGCAUGGGGGAAGUGGUUCGGCCUGGUGUCAAGCUUCCAGGUGGUGGGCGGAGUCAUCGGAGUGGGGGUGUUCCUGUUCUUGGUGGCGUUGGUCGGCCUCAUCGGGGCCGUGAAGCACCACCAGGUCCUACUCUUCUUCUAUAUGAUCAUCCUCUUCAUGGUGUUCAUCGUCCAGUUCUCUGUCUCCAGCGCCUGUCUGGCCAUCAACAAGGAUCAGCAGGAACACCUGUUGGAGGUGGGAUGGAACAACUCUCACACCACCCAGAGAGACGUAGAGAAGAGUCUCAACUGCUGUGGCUUCUACUACGUAGACAACAACGGAACCUGCGAUGCUGCCUGUUUCCCCAACCACUCCUGUUCACCGUGUGCUGAGCAGAUCCAGGAGCAUGCAGGAGAGGUGCUGCGCUUCGUGGGCGGGAUAGGCCUCUUCUUCAGCUUCACUGAGAUCCUGGGGGUGUGGCUAACGUACCGGUACAGGAACCAGAAGGACCCUCGAGCGAAUCCCAGUGCCUUCCUGUAACCGUUGGCAACUGCUGGCUUUGUACCCCGCUCUUGGAGUGGCCAACUUUCCUCCUGGAGAGCUACUGGUUGUGCAGGCUUUUGCUUCAGCCCUACUCUAACUGUGACACUAAAACAACCGAUUCUAAACAAAUUAGCUGUUCAUCGGAGCCUUGUUCAGCUGAAUCAGUUGUGUUAGUUAAAGCAGGGCCGGAGUAAAAGCCUGCGCACCAAGUAGCUCUCCAGGUGGAGGUGGGUUUGCCGCCUGUUUUAGGGGCUGUGUUUGUAAAUAAGCGAGUGACUUGUGUGUGUUUUCACCAGCUGAGCAAAGCGGCAGCUCUUUGUGUGGUGUUACAUGAAGUGAUUGUUUUUCCAGAAUGUGGUGUGUGUCUGGAAAAUAACUGGGUCAUGUUCAUUAGCCACCAAACGGAAGACAAGAGGAACUAGCUUCACUUGUCGAAUAGGAAACGCUCCUUUACACUUUCCGUUGCUAAAUGUUUUCCGUGGUGCGCCCUAAUGAACACGACCCUGCUGUGUAUUAAAGAUGCUACAUGAGCCUAUUACCCUAAUAGGUCACCUUAAACCACUCCAGAUCAGAACCAUAUCCUGUAUACACUGAGUGUACAAAACAUUGAGAACACCUUCCUAAUAUUGAGUUGCACCCCCUCCCCCUUUUGCCCUCAGAACAGCCUCAAUUCGUCAGGGCA